AUGAAGGAAGCAGAAGCAGAGAUGAAUAUCAUCAGCGUGUUGCCUGCAGAGUGUAUCUCCCACAUCGUUUCUUGCACAACCCCUCAGGACGCGUGCAGAUCAUCGCUGGUCUCUCAUCUCUUUCGAAUUGCUGCGGAUUCUGAUAUUGUGUGGGAGAGAUUUCUGCCCCAGGAUUAUAAGGAGAUCAUUUCCAGUUCUUUAAACUCCUUGUCCAAGAAGGAUCUCUACUUUCAUCUUUGCAAUCACCCCAUCAUCAUAGGAAAUGGUAACAUGAGCAUGGCACUAGAAAAGCAGAGUGGCAAAAAAUGCUAUAUGGUAGGGGCAAGAGAGCUUACAGUUAUAUGGGGAGAUACACCCCCAUAUUGGCAAUGGAUAUCUCUACCAGAGUCUAGGUGUGAUGUUGUUGCCUUCAUAGUGAGUUUGUGGGGUUUGACAUAUAUAGUGUCCUCAGAAGAGAAGCAUGGUUCAGAGAAAGUAAAGUGGAUAUGGCUACCUUUAAACCCUGACAUGAUUACUAUUACUACGUUGCAUUUCGAUGCAUAUUUAUAUGUGAAUGAAUCGCAUCACAGCUCUCAUCAGAACACAAUCCCCGGACUGCAACAACUCCUUUUAGGUUCCGUAGGCACAGCAGAUGAACGUAGUGUGAUCCUAGAUCCUAUAACUCAUGAAGGUAUAGCUCCUCCGCAAGCUCGAUACAGAGGCAAUGGGUGGAUUGAGAUUGAGAUGGGUGAGUUCAUCACUGAAGAAGAUAAUGCUACUGUGCUAUUUAGUCUAAUGGAAAUUAGUAGUUUCUGUAAGAGCGGCCUCAUUGUAGAAGGCAUUGAGCUUAGGCCCAAGCAAUGA